AUGGAAGCGUCAGAACCAGAGGCUAUAGCUCCUGAGGAAACUUCUCCAGUAGAGAGUUCUGAAGCUGAGAAAGCCUCUAAUCCAGACGAACCGAUGGAAAUGGAGACUAAAUCGGAGGAAGAGACACCAGUCGAAUCGGAAGAAACCCCAGUACAUUAUGAUGAGCAUUCAAAAGAAAGUGAAAAAGAUGGUGAAGACAACGAGGACUCACCUCUUGGUGAAGAGGAGCCUGUCGAAGGUACUCGCUCUGAAGCUGGUGAAGAAGAAACAGCCGAACCAAUGAAGGAAGAUGACGAAAUGAGUACAAAAGACUCUACUUCCGAAAAUAAUAUCAGCAACGUAAGACAAACCGACUCUCCUGCCUCUGUCGCUAAUUCCGAACACUCUGCCAGGCCUAACAAAAGAAAACGAAAAGGAACUCCAACGCGACAUUUGGAGGUCAACCACAGUGAUAUCCAAAGCGAACGCGAACGAGAGGAAGUCCUUUCGGAGAAUCUUCCUGGAUCGCCAAAGAAUGAAGCCCCCGUGGUCGAGCCUACAGAAGCAGAAUCAGAGGAGAAGAAGCAAAAAACGAAGUCUAAGCCUAAAAAGUACGGGCCCCCGCGAUUGGACUUGUUUGGACCCCCACAACAUUACAUGGAACUCUUCGGGCCCCCGAUGCGCCAGAGAACGGAGCAUUGCUCGGUAGUCAUCAGAGGAAUCGGAGAAGAGGAGCUGUAUUACGGCCCUGGGGACAAAGAUCCCGGCGAAAUUGUGAUCCCCGUUCGAAACACCGUUCAAUAA